AUGGCUCCGACGCCGUCCUCCGCGAGAUCGAAUCAAACGCAAUUCACCUUAAUCAGAACCCCACAAACCAAACAACGACUCAAUUUCCACCCGAAAACCCCAAACCCAGACUCCUCCAAAGACCACCAUCUCCCACCGGAGCAUCCAGUCGAAGUCGUCGGCCGGAUCCGAGACUACCCCGACCGCAAGGAGAAACCAGCUUCGAUCUUGCAGGUCAACCCAGACAACCAAACGGUCCGGGUCAGAGCCGAAGUCGGGUACAGAGACUUCACCCUCGACGGGGUUUCUUUCUCGGAGCAAGAAGGCAUCGAAUCUUUUUACAAUAAGUUUAUAGAGGAGAGGAUUAAAGGCGUGAGGGUUGGUAAUAAAUGUACUAUCAUGAUGUAUGGGCCCACCGGUGCUGGGAAGAGCCAUACCAUGUUUGGCUGUGGGAAGGAGCCUGGGAUUGUGUAUCGAUCUUUGAGGGAUAUUCUCGGAGAUUCGGAUCAAGAUGGUGUUACCUUUGUUCAGGUCUCUGUUCUUGAGGUUUAUAACGAGGAGAUUUAUGAUCUUCUUUCCACUAAUAGUAGCAACAACUUAGGGAUUGGUUGGCCCAAAGGAGGAAGCACUAAGGUCAGGCUUGAAGUAAUGGGGAAGAAGGCCAAAAACGCAACCUUUAUUUCAGGGACAGAAGCUGGAAAAAUCUCUAAAGAGAUUGUCAAAGUGGAGAAACGGAGGAUUGUUAAAAGCACACUCUGCAAUGAAAGAAGUUCCCGGAGUCACUGCAUGAUCAUACUUGAUGUGCCUACUGUUGGGGGAAGGUUGAUGCUUGUUGACAUGGCUGGUUCUGAGAAUAUAGACCAGGCUGGGCAGACUGGAUUUGAAGCAAAGAUGCAAACUGCUAAGAUCAACCAGGGUAAUAUUGCACUAAAGCGAGUUGUGGAAUCUAUAGCAAAUGGAGACUCUCACGUGCCCUUUAGAGACAGCAAGCUCACUAUGCUGCUUCAGGACUCUUUUGAAGAUGACAAGUCAAAGAUUCUAAUGAUUCUAUGUGCGAGCCCGGAUCCAAAGGAAAUGCACAAGACUCUUUGCACUCUAGAGUAUGGGGCAAAAGCAAAGUGCAUAGUUCGUGGGUCACAUACUCCGAACAAGGAUAAGAAUGGGGGUGAUGAGUCUUCUUCUUCUGCUGUGAUUUUGGGAACAAGAAUAGCAGCGAUGGAUGAGUUUAUUUCCAAACUCCAGUCUGAGAAGAAACAGCAAGAGAAAGAAAGGAACGAUGCACAAAAGCAGCUGAAGAAGAAGGAAGAGGAAGUUGCUGCUUUGCGAUCUCUUUUAAUACAGAAGGAAGCGUGUGCUACCAAUGAAGAGGCGAUCAAAGAGAAAGUAAACGAGAGAACACAGCUUCUGAAAGCGGAACUUGAGAAGAAACUUGAGGAAUGCAGAAGAAUGGCGGAGGAGUUUGUUGAGAUGGAGCGGAGGAGGAUGGAAGAAAGGAUAGUGCAGCAGCAGGAAGAACUGGAGAUGAUGAGAAGAAGGUUGGAGGAAAUUGAGGUUGAGUUCAGGCGCUCAAGGGAUGGAGGAGAUGCGGUGAAGUCAGUGGAUGAAACCAGUGGGUUUGCCAAGAGACUCAGGGGUCUCUACUCCGAUGAUGAUAUGGUGAAGUCGAUGGAUCUUGACAUGGGUGAUCCAGAACCAGUCAAGCAAGUCUGGGGUCAAUCUGCUGUUUCAUACCAACCAAGCAACACUAUCAGUAGCAAUUUGUCUGAUGUCUUGCAACCAAAGCCUUCUGAGAGUAUGUCUUGCAAUCAAAUGUACCCUGACCGUGUAUGCCUGAGCACUGUCUUUGAAGAAGAGGAGGUCGAAGAAGAUGAGGAGAAAGUGAUAAUCGAGGACAAAAGCAUCUGCUCGAUAACAACACCAGUGCCUAGUUUGAACUUUGGAGGUAUGGGUGGUGAAGAGAAUAGCUUCAACAUUACAGACGACAAAGAAUCAGCAAUGUCUAGAAAGAUGAGAAUUCAAAACAUAUUCACCCUUUGUGGCAAUCAGAGAGAGAUGUCUCAACACACUGGCCAAGAGGAUGUUCCUCAAGCCAAGAAUGAUCAGUUGCUGCUUCCUGUGACGAAUAAGGGCGAAGCUCUAGCAGUAGAAGACGCAAAGGAAAACAAUAUCUCAGUUGAUGAAGGUAACAACGGACAGAUAGAUAUCUACGUUAAGUGGGAAGCAACUACUACUGAUAACCCUCGGAAGCAGCUCAUAACAACACUAAGAGUUACGAAGGACGCAACACUGGCUGACUUGAGGAAGCUUAUUGAGAUCUACCUUGGAUCUGAUAACCAAGCUUUCACGUUUCUCAAGCUCGGGGAACCAUGUGGAGCUCAAGUGGCAAAGGAGAAAGAAUCAACAGUUGAAGCCACGAGUCUGCCUUUCUGUAACGGACACGCUUACCUGGCUACACUGAGACCGGGGAAGAGCUCAUCUCAACUUCGAAGUCUUACACAAGCGAGUCCACUUCCAUUAACUCCCAUAGAAAACAAGAUGCAAUUUACUACGCCCAUCUCAAAAGUGACACAGAACCACCAAGUUGAUAAACUUUCAUCACCCAUAGCAGCUCAUCUCAGCUCCACUCCUUUCAUCACUCUUCGCAGACAUUAGCCGCUACGUCUAUUUCUUUUGUUUGUUCAAAGGCAGCCUUAGAGAGAUGCAACCUUUGUCUUGUUUUCAGUGUUGGAAAAGAACUUAUAUAUGUACUACUACGUCCACAUCUUCAUCACAUAUAUUCUAUUUCGGCAGAAGCAGAGCAUUGCCUUAAUCUAGUGUACAACAUU